UCAUAUUUAUGUCAUCGUGACACCUUUCUAAACAGUUUCCUUUGCAUUGCAUGAUAGACUGACUGACAUUGAUACUUAUAACUGCAACACGAAUAAUAAAUGAUAUAUAUAUUUUUUCAAUGUCUGAUUUAAUUUAUCAAAUAAUGUGUAAUAAAUACUAAAUAUUAAUUGGGAAUUGAUAAAAAAAAUUAAAGAAAUAAUGACGAUUUAACAAUAAUGCCAGUGAAAAUAUUAAUUGUACAGAUUUAAUUAAAACAUGUUAGUGAAAAAGGAUUUUUGGGCUAUGUUCUGCAGAGGUCGGAAGAAAAAGAUUAUUACACUAAUCAUAAUUUUGAUAUUUUUAAUUAAUGCAUUGAUGUAUGUUAGUAUGGAGUUAUACAAUACUGUAAAGAGGAAACAAGAGAAAGAUCUGUGGUAUCAAAGCUUACAUUUUGAUGACAAUUCCUAUGUGGACAAAACUGGAAUGAGAGUGGUUGUGGGCCACUAUGUUGGUGGCAGUACUGGGGCUAACUUGACUGAUGAAGUGAUAAAUAGUAAUAAUUAUGCUCCAGUGCCUGGCGCUGGUGAAGGCGGCAGGCCAGUGCAAAUGUCUCAGCAGGAACUAAUUACUGCCCGUGAUCUCUACUCCUUACAUUCCUACAACAUUUUAGUUAGUGAUAAGAUAUCAAUAAAUAGAAGUCUUCCUGAUAUGAGGAGUGAGAGUUGUAGAAAUGUUCAGUUUAACAUUGACAAUCUUCCAACAGCAACUGUUAUAAUAGUUUUCCAUAAUGAAGCCUGGUCUACUCUAAUGAGAACAGUAAUGUCUGUUAUAUUGCGAUCUCCAGAACAGUUACUGAAACAGAUUAUUCUUGUUGACGAUGCUAGUGAACGCAAAUACCUAGGAAAAGAGUUAGAAGAUGCUGUAAAUAAAUUAAAGAAAGUUCAAAUAUUAAGAAGUACCGAUAGAAAAGGAUUAGUUGGCGCCCGACUCAUGGGCGCUAGGCAUGCAACGGGUGAUGUUUUGGUAUUCCUAGACGCUCACUGUGAGGUAACAAUGGGUUGGUUGGAGCCACUGUUAGAUCGAGCUGGCAGUGAUGACGUGUUUAUUUGUCCACAUAUCGACCUGCUUUCUGAAGAUACUUUAGCCUAUACUAAAAGUAUAGACGCUCACUGGGGCGCUUUCAGUUGGCACCUACAUUUCCGGUGGCUGAUGCCUUCUGGUGCAGUGUUAUUAAAAAAAUCGGAAAAUCCAUCCAAACCUUAUCCAACUCCUGCCAUGGCAGGUGGACUUUUUGCAGUACGUAGGAGUCUUUUUUGGCGUUUAGGAGGUUACGAUGAGGGUAUGGUUAUAUGGGGAGCUGAAAAUUUAGAACUUUCUUGGAGAGCGUGGCAGUGCGGCGCUAGAGUUGAAAUAACAUCUUGUUCAAGAGUUGGUCAUAUAUUCAGAAGGCAUAGUCCUUAUAAAUAUCCAGGUGGGGUUGCAAAAGUUUUAAACUCUAACUUGGCGCGCGCAGCAACGGUCUGGAUGGACCAGUGGGCGGACUUUUUUUUUAAAUUUAACCCUUCCGUUGCUGCUAUUAGAGAUCAGCAAAACGUAGCUGACAGAGUAGAGCUUAGAAAAAAAUUGCAGUGUAAAAAUUUUAAAUGGUACUUGGACAACGUAUGGCCACAGCACUUUUUCCCAACUGAUGAUAGAUGGUUUGGAAGGAUUCGUAACGAUAGAGGUGGAUGUUUGGGGGUUACUGUCGGUACUCCAGGACUUGGUGGACCAGCUGCUGGUAUUCAGUGUGGCAGUGAAUAUGAUAUAGAAAAAUUAUUGCUUUAUACACCUGAAGGGAAGAUUAUGGCUGAUGAAGGGUUAUGCCUGCAGCAAGGCAACGGAAGGGCUUUAUGGAAAAGUUGUAGUGAUAAUUCUAAGCAGACCUGGCAACAGGCUGGACCACGGCUGAAGACCAAGGGUGGAUUGUGUUUAACGUUAGUUUUGAAUAAUAGUGAAGAUGGCGUUGGUGAUCCAUUAACAGCAAAGAGAUGUGUCAAAGAUCCUGGUCAAAUUUGGCAUUUUGAACGUGUGCCUUGGCGCUAAUUGUGAUAAAAUUAUUUUUAGUUGUAGUGCAUAAGUAGGGAAUAGUAUCUAAUGCAAAUUAAUUAACCCCGAAUUAUUAUGUAAGUAUACUAAAAGAUUAAUGUUAUGUAAUUUCGGAUUGCACCCAAUGCAAAAUAAUAUGAGUUCAUUAGUACUUAAGAGUUUUUAAAACAAUUAUUUUGCAUUAUUGGUUGAAUAAGUACCUAAUUACUCUUAUAUAGUUUACCUCUAAUGAUAUAUUUAUCGAAUAU